AUGGAGGUGCCUGCGGAGGUUUUGGCCGCCGUGUUUGAGUUCCUGCCGGAGCGGGAGCUCCUCCUUGGCGCUGCCCUUGUCUGCCGCCCGGGCAGGCGGCCGGGAAGCGGCGAUCGUCCCAUCUACGUGCCGGCCUCGCCCCGCGCGGAGACGUGCGAACCAGCCGAGGUCGACUGGGCUCAGAGUUUUCGCCUCAUGGUACACCUGCGCAAGGCGCUAGCGGCCAACGCGGCGCUGUUGCUGAGCGAAGAGCACAAGGCGCGCUUUGUCAUCGACGAGCUGCGCGGCCGCUGCGCUAAAGAGCAGGAGGAGGUGCUGGUGUGCGACUUGGCCGGCGUCACCGCCAAGUCCGCUGCGGCUGCGGCUGCGGGCGAAUCGGUGAAGCAGCGGUUCCACAGCGCAGUGAAGGAGGCCUUUCGCUUUCCCGACCACUACGGCCACAACCUGGACGCCCUGAACGACUGUCUCGGCGACCUCGACUGCGAUGCCGCCCACCCCUUGGUGCUGGCCAACAUCACGGCCGACGUCGUCGCCGAUCCCGACACCCGGUGGCCCGUCGUACUCGAGAUCCUGGACGAAGUACUGAACUUAGCCGAGAAGGCCGACGAACCAACGAAGCUGGUCCUCUGGUUCACCCCCGAAGCAGCCCGGCUGCAGGCGGGCCAGCAAGACGAGCUGCCCUUUGGCACGUGGGCCUAA